GUGUUCCUAACAGAUCAACAAAAGGUAAUUUUGAAUCACAAUAGUGCAUUAAGAUGUACUUCAUUUUAAGAUGUUCCUAACAUUUAAUUCAUUGUUGAAGGGCCUACUAUCUGUAGUUAACCAGCUAUUUCCAAUGGCCGAGCAUAGGAUGUGUGCACGACAUAUUUAUGCCAACUGGAGGAAAAGACAUAGGCUACAGGAGUACCAAAAGAGAUUUUGGAAAAUUGCAAGGGCAUCAAAUGUGAUGUUGUUUAAUCACUACAAGAACAAGUUAGCUAGCAUAACCCCUGUAGGAUGGGAGGAUUUGAACAAAACAGAUCCUAUCCAUUGGUGCAGAGCUUGGUUCAGGCUUGGAUCCAAUUGUGAAUCAAUUGAUAACAAUAUGAGUGAAUCAUUCAAUAGCUGGAUUAUAGAAGCAAGGUUCAAACCUAUCAUAACCAUGCUAGAAGAUAUAAGGAUCCAGGUGACCAGAAGGAUCCAAGAGAAUAGGAGCAAUAGUGAGAGGUGGAUAAUGGCUAUAUGUCCCAACAUUCUAAGAAAGGUUAGAAAGAUAAGGCAUGCUACCCAAUUUUGUCAUGUCUUAUGGAAUGGUGAUGCUGGUUUUGAAAUAAGGGAGAAAAAAUGGAGGUUCACAGUUGAUCUGAAAAUGAAGACAUGCUCCUGCAGAUAUUGGCAAGUUUCUGGUAUUCCUUGUCAACAUGCUUGUGCUGCCCUGUUCAAGAUGUCAGAAGAGCCAAACAGCUACAUAGAUAUGUGUUUCUCUAUUGAGCAAUACAAAAAGACAUAUCAGCAUGUUCUGAAACCAGUUGAGCACGAGUCAGCAUGGCCUGUGUCUCCAAAUCCUAGACCUUUACCUCCAAGAGUGAAGAAGAUGCCAGGUCGACCAAAGAAAAAUAGAAGGAAGGAUCCUUCAGAACAAAAGAAAUCGAGCACUAAGUCAUCUAAGAUUGGAAGUAAUAACAAAUGUAGACGUUGCAAUAGCAAGGGUCACAACUCAAGGACAUGCUCAAUGGUGUUUAUGUGUUUCAGUUUCUUUUUCAUUUUUAUUAUUGCUGUAAUUGUUUUCUUAUCUUGAUAGAACACUAACUUUUGUUGUGUAGCAGGUGGAACAAUCGGCAUCACAAUCGGCAUCCCAUGGUGCAUCUUCUCCACAGGAAAAAAGUUCACAAGCAUUGGUUGCUCGAAGUCAGGCAAAUACCACGCCACUAGCUAUUGAACCUGCACAAUCCAAGCAAUCUAGAGGAAAAAGACCAGCAGCAACUUCCAAUACUAAAUCAAGUAAUAGCAAAAUGCCUGAGGGCUUUGGAUUGUACUACAGUGAGCGAACUGGUUCAUCCUUCAUUCAGUCCGGCCAUAAGAGGAGAUUGGUGUCUUUCGGAAGGUCUAAGUCCACUGCACAAGCAUCCGCAAAGGCAGUCGCUGGUGGGAGUGCCUCUGUUAUCAUUGAGACAAGUGCUGCUGGUCGGCUUGGCUCAACUGCAAAGGCAACCAUCAAUAUAACAGGCGGCCGCGCGAGCGCAAAUAUCCAAUCUACUUCUAGUGGACGUGGAACAGCAUUAGGACAAAGCAGGACCUCUCAGAAAAAAAUCUGGAAAUCAACUAGUGCCUUCAGAGAAGAGCAUCGUGUAGUACCUCUCCAAGAGUGAUCUGUAACUUUUAUGUUGAACCUAGGAGCUUGUUUGAACAUCUAGUGCUUCUGUUAUGCCAAAUAUGAGACCUGUCACUUUUAUGUUGAACCUAUGAGCUUGUGUGUGUGUAUGUUCUGCUUAGAUCUGUCACUUUUAUGUUGAACCUAUGAGCUUGUGUGAACAUCUA